GCGUUGUUUGGUGUCGACCCGCCUUCGUACGGAAACUGACGAUCGUAUCCGAAAAGUUCGUGGAACUCCUCGGGCGGAGUGGGUGGCCCUCUGCUGUUUGCUGUCUGCUAUUACACGCGGCAAGCGGAGUUUGCAGGAGGAUCUAGUGUUCGCCGCUUCAUUCGUUGUCUGCGGAAGCCGAGGCACCGGGUGGCCCCGGGGACACCAGGCAUGGAGGGGAAAAAAGUGAUUACGGCAACAGAUACCCAAUACUCCGGUAGCCUGCUCGAAACUUUAAAUUACCAACGUAUGCAGGGACUCUUCUGCGAUGUAACUGUCAUUGUUGAAGAUCGGAAAUUUAGAGCUCAUAAAAAUAUACUUUCUGCCUGUAGCACUUAUUUCCACCAGCUUUUCUGUGUUGCUGGUCAGGUCGUUGAACUAAAUUUUGUCAGGGCGGACAUAUUUGCAGAAAUCCUUAACUAUAUUUACAGUGCAAAAAUUGUUCGCGUAAAGUGCGAUAUGUUGGAGGAGCUGAUUAAAUCCGGAAAGCUACUGGGAGUCCCAUUUAUUGCGGAGCUUGGGCUCACACUGUCACAUGUUAAAAGCAUGACUGACGGAGUUAAAGAUGGCAGCGCCGAUACACAGUCUGACGCCGAUGGAAAGUUGUGUGAACCGAAAAAAAACGGAGGCAGUUCAUCAAGAAGCUCACUGGCAAAUCAAGGUGUAGAUGGUGGUGACAUGCCUAUAAUUUCAGAAGCAUUUUCUUUAUCUGGAGAUAAGUAUAAGGAGAAGAAAAACGUAUCUGAAGAUGAAGAUUCAGAUGAUGAUGUGAUCUUCUGCUCAGAGAUAGUGAGUGCUAAGCAGGCAGCUCUUGAGAAAAAAGAAGCUGCACAGAGUAUAGCAUCUCCAUCUAGUGACCAGUCCCAAGAUUCAAAAACACCAUCAUCUGACCAAGCACAAUUAAUACAGAACACUAAACCUGUAAACCAGAUCAUUAUUACACCCACAGGGACACCUCAAAAGCCUGCUGCCUCUGGUAAUACAACUUCAAGUCCGCAGCCAUCCAGUGGAUCUCAGUCCGGUACGGCUGAUCCAAACCAGGCUCCCCUUAACUCUUCUCCUACUGCGACAACCUCUGCCAGCUCAACUGUUCCAAAGCCACAACAAAGUGUUAAGAUCCUGCCUAAAACAGAAGAAACUCUUGAUGGCAAUGGCAUCGUUAGUCCUGUGUCUUCUGCCACACAGAAAAACAUGUCCUUUGAUGGCUCUGGAGUGCAAAAGAAACACGUUGUGACCUUCACACAAGAAUCGUCUUCAAAGCCUGGUGAAUUCAAAAUAAAAAUUUCAGAUGUCGUCACCGGAAGUAACAAGGACUCUCACAGAGAAUCUGAGCCGAGGCAUAUUCUGGAUGGUAAAAAAAUAAUAACUUUAGAUACGCCCCCUGAAAUUGAAGGAUUAUCCACAGGAUGUAAGGUAUAUGCAAAUAUAGGGGAGGAUACUUACGACAUUGUGAUUCCUAUUAAGGAUGAUCCUGAAGAAGGGUUAUCCAAACUUGAAGAUGAUGAUGAUGAUGAUGGAUUCCCAAAUCGAAAACGAAUGAAACUGAAACAUGAUGAUCACUACGAGCUUAUAGUGGAUGGUAGAGUGUAUUACAUUUGUAUUGUGUGCAAGCGAUCCUAUGUAUGUCUGACCAGCUUACGACGGCAUUUUAAUGUCCAUUCCUGGGAGAAAAAAUACCCUUGUCGCUAUUGUGAGCGAGUGUUCCCUCUUGCAGAGUAUCGCACAAAACACGAGAUUCAUCAUACUGGGGAGAGAAGAUACCAGUGCUUGACUUGUGGAAGUUCUUUUAUAAACUAUCAGGUUAUGGCUUCACAUAUUAGAUCUGCUCACAAUCUGGACCCUUCUAGAGAUCCAAAGAUUUAUCGGCUCAAUCCAUGUAAGACAUUGCAGAUCAGGCAAUAUGGAUGCAUAGGAGAUCCUUCACAAAAUAGCCCCGUAAUCAAUGAUGGUGGAAUUGUGUAUGAUAUCGACCCAGAUAAACCCGAACCAGCAUCUGAAGAGAACAACACUAACUCUUCACCAAAGCCAGUUAACUGGGACGAUAUAUUUCUUCAGCAGAGCAAUGAGAACAUGUUUAAGCCAAAUGCGUCUGACGGCAGUACUGAAUUUGAAUUUGUAAUACCAGAAUCUUACUGAAGGUUUGGGCAAGCUUAAAUAGUGUACAAUAAGACCAUAGAAAACUUUCAGGUGACCUGCUUUCAGAUUUGUUGUUUUAAAGCAUACCAUUACUGCAUCCUAAUAA